GCGAGCCAAUAGCAAACGAAUAGACAUCCCAGGAGUCGUGGUAGCCUCUUCUUCUCUCGCUCGUCACUCGUCACAUGACCCGCACUACUGUACGGUAGGCCAUAUUUGACAGUGGCACCUAGUUUAGCGAAGUGAGCGUAAGCGAAGAUCGCUCCCUGGAAUCCAAGAACCGUCGUCGCGUUUCGACAACCUGUAAAUACUCGUGCACCAAUUGUUUCACGUCGUGAGGUCUUAACAGAAACAUAACAGUAAGCGAAAUGGAGGACGGAAACCCUAUUUACGGCCCCUUCUUUGGAGUUAUGGGCGCCGCUUCGGCCAUCAUAUUUUCUGCUCUGGGAGCAGCAUAUGGCACGGCAAAGUCAGGUACAGGAAUUGCUGCAAUGUCUGUCAUGAGGCCAGAACUUAUCAUGAAAUCUAUCAUUCCUGUUGUCAUGGCGGGUAUCAUUGCCAUUUACGGGCUUGUAAUAGCUGUCCUCAUUGCUGGUGAUUUAAGCGAUCAUAAAUCAUAUUCUCUUUACCAGGGUUUUACUCGUCUGGGUGCUGGCUUAUCCGUAGGUUUUUCUGGUCUAGCUGCUGGAUUUGCCAUUGGUAUUGUUGGUGACGCAGGUGUAAGAGGUACCGCUCAACAACCUCGCCUGUUUGUCGGUAUGAUCUUGAUUCUAAUCUUCGCAGAAGUAUUGGGUCUCUAUGGUCUCAUCGUUGGCAUCUACUUGUACACCAAGUAAAAAUAUUUUAGUGGCAGGAAUGCAAGACUCGUCGCCUGCAACCAACAGCGCUCCCCGACUAUUAUAUUAUUACGAUUUGUUUCAACAUUUUACUUAAAACAUUUUUCCAUGCAUACUCACAUCGCGUCAUCUAAGCAUCCUUCUGUAAUACUGUAUUGAAGUUGAUAUAUUAGAGUUCAAGUAUUUAAGAACUACGUAUUCAUUACACAAACGACACAACUAUCGAGACAAAAAAAAAAAUAAUACCUCAAACAAGUAAAAACAAAGAGUGCUGAAUGAAAACGAAAACUAUUAACCGAUAUCAAGAAAACUAAUUCAGUCUUGCAGGAAAAGGAUGUGUGUGUACAGAAGAUACAAAAAAAAAGCGACAGGCGACAGGGAGUUACAUUGAGGAGAAAAAAAGACCCCGUUAUCCCAUGCUGAACAUUUCUCUUUCACUGUAUAGUAAUCAUUUGUAGCGUAGUUUGACAUUGAAUUAUCAACUAAGGUAAUCGGCUCUACUGAGUGUAUAAAGGAAACAAAUGUUAUUGAUAAAAGAAUAUUUAGCACAAUUAUGUAUUAAAUGCAAUUGAAGUGGCAGCGUACAGAUUGCAGAUGAACGUCUCUAUGACGAGAGUCUAUGAAAAUGAAAUUACGAAUAUCCAAAUGGGGAAAAGUGAGAGAAACACGCAUGUUCGUUGCGUGUGGGGAAACAGCAUAAUAUACGCGAUGGUUGUACAAACUGUGAAAAAAAAAAAAAUAAUGAACAGAUAUUGUACAAUCGAAACAGCAAGACACAAAGUAUAGUAUGUGGGAUGGAGUUUUAGAGAAAAGAAAAACAAAAUGAAUGUGAGUAGACAAUGGACAGAUACAUGAUAGUAUUAAGUCAAUUCAGUGGCUGCUGGGCGUAGCAGGAAAUCGCACUAACUAUGAGCAACACAGUGUACGGUUCACGAAUUAUUCUGGGCGACCGCUAAGGCCGGCGGUGAUUCCCCUCUCCGUGCCGAAUAUACUUACUUCGCGCCUCAUUAGAAAUACGUAUACAAGUACACGUAUGUCGAUGAAGGGUCGAGUAUGCGAGGCAACGAAACUCCGUGCGUUCCAGCAGAUGUAUGACUACCUAAGAAAAAAGGGGGUUACGAGAUAAUGGUAUAUAAAAAAAAUAAUUUGUACAUUCCAUAAUAAGUUCGUUCAGUGCAGGUGAGCGGGCGCUUGUAACGGCACGCGAAAGAUCACUUUUUGUUUUGGAUAAACAGAAAAUAAAUUUAAUUUAAUGCUUUUAACGAUUAAACGAACGAUGGGGAACCACUGAAAAAAUGUAAAAUGAAUUUUAGCUUGGGGGUUCGUUGUCAUGGGAGCUGAUAGCGAACCCUUCGCACUUUGAUUGGUCGUCGACUCUUACUCUGUUAUGAUAUUGUCACAGUCGACGACAAAAAGGAAUUCGUUGCGCCCGCUUGCCAGAUUUUAUUGACUGCGCAGUAUUUUCUAUCUAAAGGAAACAACAAAGCUCAACGUGUAGGCGCAUACUUCCAGGAGAGAAAACCACGAAAUCUGCGACGGUUUAGUAUCAGAGGAUUCUAAUUGUAACUGCAUAAGGGCCGAUUAUUUAGCUAGGAGCGAAAUUGGCUUGGUUUUUCGAUGCUUUCGUUAGCGCUGAAUGUAUUUAAAAACAUACACAAUGUAAUUUUGUUAAAUAGUCGUACCGAGAGUGCAUACGGUAUCAAUUUGCCACUAAACGAAAGCACUCGGAAACUAAACCAACCUCGCUAAUAACUCUCGACUGGGAACCCACUGAAAAUAAUACUUGUAAAGUUUCCUGCGGGAUUCUACUUAUGAGAGCACGUGCUGUUCUCUCAUAUUUGCGUUUCGUAAUCCUGCAGGUGAGCUACCUACCCUUUAGCUUGAAUAUUAAGAAAUUGUUGAACACACAAAUAAUCACGGAAGAUGAAACUAAUGUAAUAGAGGGUUAACUAAGAAUCGACGAUUAUGUGGUUACGUCUGACACUGAGCCACCGACUGAAUGUCACAAAACCUUUAAAUUCACACGGAAUCAAAAAAAAAAAAGCGCGUGAGCGGGAGUACGGUUUUUCAAAAGCAACAUCCGGGUAUGGAAAAUGAAAACACCUACGAGCAAAAAUAGAAGAGAAAGUCAGUCGUUUAAGCUUUUGGUACGUUCUUUUUGUUAAUUGUCGUUAGUCCCUCGCUUGAGAAUGAUGCACCUAUGUAUAGUCAUGAGAAUAUCGAACCAGACAGCCGACACCAAACGAUUGAAUCGCUCUUUCGAAUUCUUGAACAACGACACGACACGAAUGAAAACAAAUACAUGAAACGGAACAGAAAAUGGAAGAGAUGUCGAGAACCUAUUGAAAAAGAACUCUCGUAACUAGCGUGAUAUCAGCCAAAACGCAAGAAAAUCGAGCCGGGGAGCGGUGGUGGUGGCUUUCUACAACGAGAAAGAGAGAUAUCGAGCGAAAGAUCUUCACUUAACCAUACAUGUAUUUGAGAAUAUGCAAGCCCGCGAAUAUACUGGCACAGUAAAUCCUCCACUUAGGCGGUUAAUUCCUUUUAGAGUUUUCUGCCCAAGUCGAAUAUUUGUAUAUAUAUACAUAUAUAUAUGAUGUACUGCGAGAAGAAAGAAAGAUCAUGCUAAUAAGAAUCAUGGUGCAACAAGUAAAGGGCAUACGUACAUAGUGUCGAUUAAUUUUUGCUUAGAAAGCUAACUUGAAUUGUAUACCCCUAAUAGAACUGAUCUUUCUUAAUCUCUGCAGUACGUUUGUUAUAUAUAUAAUUUUAGUUACAAAGGUAAAUUAAAUUUAGACAGAUUCAUACCACAGAUCCUUUGUGAAAAGUAAAUUUCAUUUAAUGUGUAAAUACAUGCAAAGUACGUAGGUCAUAUGCGGGAACGUAACUACGUAACUCGAGGAUUUGCUGUAUGCUGAUUACCUUUCUUUUCCUUGUCCCCCUUACCUACCUUCCUAUCUCUAGUAACGAUAAUUAAACAUCUGCUAUCUAAUCAUAAAUUGAGCGCGUGUAAUGUAUAUAUCACCCGCCAUGCUUUACACUGUACGAUUAAAAGUUUAGGCUAGAUUAGGUAAGGUAUUGUAUACCGAAACCUUGUGUAGCUGAGAGAAAGUAUUACACGACGUGCAAGAGAGAGAGAGAGAGAGAGAAUUAAUGCACAUGGGAGUACGAGUGAGCAAGAGUGAAUGAAAAUCGAAAAGAAAAGAGAGUUUCGAUGAGAGGAAAAAGAACCGCUGUCCACCGCCGCCGUUCCCCUCGCGCACUAUCUUCCAGUGUUACUAAAAAAAAUAGACUCAUUGUUGAGCGCAAAAAAGUGAUACUGAUCAAUAAUAAUAAUGAUUAUUUAUGUUAUAAUUCGUCCUCGAUGUUACAGAAAAAAAACCGUGUUUAAUAAAAAUUUAAUUUGGACAAACAGUA